CCGUCAGCCAAUCGCGCCCAGAGCUUGUCCGGUGGGCGGUGCCGAGGCCGUGGAGGUUGGCGGCUGUUGAGCGGCGCCCCUGGUAAAGCCCUUGAGCGGGACGUCUCUGUCGGGAGAGAGAAUGAGCUUGGCUCUGAGAGGUGAGCUUGUGGUAGACAAAACAAAGAGGAAAAAACGAAGAGAACUCUCUGAAGAACAGAAGCAAGAAAUUAAAGAUGCUUUUGAGCUCUUUGAUACUGACAAAGACCAAGCGAUAGAUUAUCAUGAACUAAAGGUGGCAAUGAGAGCUUUGGGUUUUGAUGUGAAAAAGGCUGAUGUGCUGAAGAUUCUUAAAGAUUAUGACAGAGAAGCAACGGGCAAGAUUACCUUUGAAGACUUUAAUGAAGUUGUGACAGACUGGAUAUUGGACAGAGAUCCACAUGAAGAGAUACUGAAAGCCUUUAAACUAUUUGAUGAUGAUGAUUCAGGUAAAAUCAGCUUGAGGAACUUGCGACGUGUUGCCAGAGAAUUGGGUGAAAAUAUGAGUGAUGAAGAACUUCGGGCUAUGAUAGAAGAAUUUGAUAAAGAUGGUGAUGGAGAAAUAAACCAAGAAGAAUUCAUUGCUAUAAUGACUGGUGACAUUUAAGGAAUUACAAGAAUCAACACCAAAAUCUUGCAGUUACCGUCUAUAUUUUCUUUCUGUGCCUGGAGUCCUGCUUGAAGAAAAAAAAAAAAAAUCCAACCUAAUUCUUUUUCCAAAAGGAACAAAACCAAGCAUCCUUUGUGUUUACAUUUCAGUACUGUUAAGUUUCUUUGUAUGAUUAAUAUUAUUAGCAUUAAUAGUUAACUUUACAUUUAUAAUACAGGUUUAUAUAAAGUUUUAAAAAAAUCAAAUCAUGUGGUGUAUAUUAUUUGGAGGCUUCUAAAUUUAGCAUUAGCUAAUUGCCUUUAUUUUGGCGCACGUUUUUUUUUUUUUUUUUUAAGACAUUCAUUAAUAAAGAACUUAUUUUAUUAGUAUCUUAAUGUUUGGUAAAUUUUCUAUUUUAGAUUUCUCAUAUCUGUUAACACUUGGUAGAAGGUUUUUAAAGUCUGUACACUUUCUCUUUGAUUUGAAAAUAAAUCAGAAAAUAAAAAUGACAAUAGAAUAGAACAUUUGUCCAUCACGUUAGGUUUCAUCAGGUUUUACUUUUUGCAUUUCAGUACAGGAUAAGGCAGUAUAGGUCUGAUUCCUUCCUAAGAGUGCUGUCCUUCACUUUGGAGGUACUGUGGGCUUUGCAUAUGGAUCCAUCUUUUCUGUGUAUCAUAUUUUAGAAAUGUUUUUUUAAUAAACAUGUCUCUUUUUUA